AUGGCGCUGACCUGUGGUGAACAAUUUCUUCGUAUUCUACUCGUGGUGUGCAACUUGUUUGUUUUCCUCUUUGGGUGUGUUUGCACUGGAUUUGCGGCAUACACUUUGGCCAAGGUUAAGGAAUAUACCAAUAAUGAAGAAGCAGUACUAGUACCGGCAUUCAUCCUAGCUCUGGUGCUGUUGAUAAUGCUCAUUGGCUUUCUCGGCUGUUGUGGGGCCUGGAAGCUCAACGCUUGUUGUCUCAAAACGUAUGCGGUCAUUAUCACCAUCCUAAUUAUAAUAGAGGUGAUUUGUGGAACGCUGAUUCUCGUUUACCACCACAAGGGGUGCGCUGACGCCGUGUAUGACUACCUGCGAAGCAACAUCAUCGCGGCUGGUGUGACAGCCAUCGUGUUGUCGAUUAUCGAGAUCGGUGCCGUCUUCGCUGCCUGUUGCCUUGCCAACAAGAGAGCCGUUUAG